GAAUUAGGAAUUGGCAUGCCCUCCCCCCCAUCCCCCCCGCCGUGCCCCUUAAAGAAGUCAGUGGAAACGAGGAGGAAACAACAAAACAAAACCAAAUCGGAAAACAGAACAGUCCUACCUUUACUUGCAGCAAGUUCCCUCUCAGAAGUCAAUGUGGCUGGAAAAAAAUCAACAGACCAGAUAAUCCGUGUCCAGUCCCCUGACGGGGUGAAGCGGAUCACAGCCACGAAGAGAGAAACAGCCGCAGCGUUUCUGAAAAAGGUCGCAAAAGAGUUUGGCUUCCAGAAUAAUGGCUUCUCAGUUUACAUAAAUAGAAACAAGACUGGAGAGAUAACAGCAUCAUCUACCAAAUCCCUGAGUCUGCUCAAAAUCAAGCAUGGAGAUUUGCUGUUCCUGUUCCCCUCGGGCCUCGCCGGCCCCUCGUCGGAAAUGGAGACGUCGGUCCCGCCGGGGUCGAAGGCCUGCGGCGCUCCCACCGUGGCGGAAGACGAGAUCGACCAGUACCUCAGCAAGCAGGACGGGAAGAUUUACAGAAGCCGAGACCCACAGCUGUGCCGACACGGCCCCCUGGGGAAAUGUGUGCACUGUGUUCCGCUAGAGCCGUUCGACGAGGAUUACCUGAACCAUCUUGAGCCUCCUGUGAAGCACAUGUCCUUCCACGCCUACAUCCGAAAGCUGACCGGGGGGGCCGACAAGGGGAAAUUUGUUGCUCUGGAGAACAUCAGCUGCAAGAUUAAAUCAGGAUGUGAGGGGCACCUUCCGUGGCCCAACGGCAUCUGUACUAAGUGCCAGCCAAGUGCCAUCACACUGAACAGACAGAAAUACAGACACGUGGACAAUAUCAUGUUUGAGAAUCACACGGUUGCUGAUCGCUUCCUUGACUUCUGGAGGAAGACAGGGAACCAGCAUUUCGGGUAUUUGUACGGACGGUAUACAGAGCACAAAGACAUUCCUCUUGGCAUCAGGGCCGAAGUGGCCGCGAUUUACGAGCCUCCCCAGAUUGGCACGCAGAAUAGCCUGGAGCUUCUGGAAGACCCGAAAGCUGAGGUGGUGGAUGAGAUUGCCGCCAAGCUUGGCCUGAGGAAGGUUGGCUGGAUAUUUACAGACCUGGUCUCAGAAGACACCCGGAAGGGUACGGUGCGAUACAGUCGGAAUAAGGACACCUAUUUCCUGAGUUCGGAAGAAUGUAUCACGGCAGGAGACUUCCAAAAUAAGCAUCCCAACAUAUGUCGACUCUCUCCAGAUGGACAUUUUGGAUCCAAGUUCGUUACCGCGGUGGCUACAGGUGGUCCCGACAACCAGGUCCACUUUGAAGGGUACCAGGUGUCCAAUCAGUGCAUGGCGCUGGUCCGUGACGAGUGUCUGCUGCCGUGCAAAGACGCCCCUGAGCUCGGCUACGCCAAGGAGUCCAGCAGCGAGCAGUAUGUGCCUGACGUGUUUUAUAAGGACAUAGACAAGUUUGGCAAUGAGAUCACCCAGCUGGCCCGGCCCCUUCCCGUGGAGUAUCUGAUCAUAGACAUCACAACAACUUUCCCCAAGGAUCCAGUUUAUACUUUUUCUAUCUCGCAAAAUCCGUUUCCUAUUGAGAACCGGGACGUGUUGGGUGAGACACAGGACUUCCACAGUCUGGCCACCUACCUGUCCCAGAAUACUUCCUCCGUGUUCCUGGACACCAUCUCGGAUUUCCAUCUCCUGCUCUUUCUGGUCACCAACGAAGUCAUGCCUCUGCAGGACAGCAUCAGCUUGUUGCUGGAGGCUGUGAGGACCAGAAAUGAGGAGCUCGCGCAGACGUGGAAGAAGUCUGAACAGUGGGCCACCAUCGAGCAGCUCUGCAGCACGGUCGGAGUGCAGCUUCCAGGCCUCCAGGAGUAUGGAGCCGUGGGCGGCUCCACGCACGCUGCCACGGCCGCCAUGUGGGCCUGUCAGCACUGCACCUUCAUGAACCAGCCGGGCACCGGCCACUGCGAGAUGUGUAGCCUCCCUAGGACCUAGGGCCCCCGGCCCCUGCUGGCAGGACUCGGCCCACCGCAGCCUCUCUCUGCAGCCGGGAUCAUUGCAACCGUCGCCCCGCGGUGGGCAGCCCUGAAGGGUGGGGCAGGGGGGCUGCCCUGGGGUCUCUGACCCACGAAGCUUCUCAGCACCAGGCUUCCGUGGAGGGAGAGCCAGCCUGGCGCUCUGCGGGCCGGCAGCAGCCUCCUAGCGGAGCGGCAUGGUGGUCCCCCCCCCCCCCCCAGACGCCCCACGCCGGCCUCCGAGGUGGUGGAAGGCCCCGGGCGCCUCGGAAUCGUCACCUGGGGUUGGGAGGGACGCCGAGGCCUUACUGCCACCAUCCAGCUUUCUCUUCCCUUCCCUUUGGAUGCUUUUUGUUCUUGCCCCUCCCGUGGUUCCAGUUGGGAGUUUUUGGUGGCCGCCGUACCUGUCGCUCUGGGCAGACCCUGCCCGUGAGGCCUCUUCCUCCCCUGCCAGCAGCCGCCGUCUGGCGGAACGUGAGCAGGACCGGGCUCGCCAACCCACCGUUUGCUUGAUCUGCGGCUUAGUUUGCUGCCCACUCUUCUCGCUCUCACCAGACAUCCAGGUGGGGCUUUUUAAAGUCUGCGUUGGUUGUAAUAACAGUUAUCAGUAAUUUCUGCCCGGAAGACUUUUAUUUAUUUCUUUUUAAGGUAAAAACAACAUAAAAGGGGAGUGAGAGAGACUAGUUUCCACUUCCUGCCCUCCCAUACCGAGUCCCUGGGAGCGGGCACAGGGUGGGCACAGGGUGGGCGAGGGUGGACGGGAACCCACAGUCAGUUCUUGGAAGUAAACCUCAGUGCCUGAGACUCUUCUGCCAAGCCACACAGCCGCCACAGCUGCGGACUCAGUGGACCAGCAGGAGGGGCGGUGGCUCCGCCGAGGAUCGCCUCCCCCCACCCCACCCCGCCCCCUCCCCGAGGCCUCGGACCAGGCCUGCGUGGGGCAAGCUGGGUUGUCCAGGACCCGCUUUGCCCUGUACACCGUUCCCUCCCACCGCCCUGCCGGCCCCCAGCCGCCCGCGUGGUGUGUGGCCGCUGAGGCAGGCCUGCGUGAGAGAGCAGGGGCCCGCCUGUAGGGAGGGCCGCUGCCAGGGGUCGAGGUCAGACCUUGCACGUGUGCUCUGGGGUCCCCGGGGACUUGUGGGCGGCACCCUGAUGCCUCUUUGCCUUAAUGCCGGCCACGUCUCUUCGCUGCACGAUGCCCACGAGAGGCCGGCCCGGACGCAGACCGUGCUGAGGACUUCAUGUCUCUGCCCCGGGGGUGGGAGGCGGGCCUGUGUGACCCUCCCUUACCCGUAGCACUGGGGACAGAGAGCCCCGUUCUCUGCGUGUUGGCUGCUUUUGUGGCAAGGGCUGUGCCCGGAACCUCCGAGUCCGCCGGGCAUGGGGCACACGAGACUUGUCUGCUCUCCAGGCCAGGGGCCAGCUGGGGUGGGUCUGGCCUCAGAGCCAUCGGUUGGGGGUGGGGGGUGGCGGGAGAGGUGCGGAGCGGCCGGCCUGAACCACAGAGUCCCCGCCAGCGUGGCCCCGUGUCGUCUGGCCGCUGUGAUCCGACGCGAGGCUGCGGGGGACCCUGUGCUCGGCCUGUGUGUCUCCCGGGCCCGCCCCCGCCGGUUCUCCUGGUGUCGCCUUCACCCACCUGCUGCUCUCCGUCUCUCUUCAGCCAACAGUCUCCUCACUCUGAAGUUCUGGCAGAUGCAGAACUCGUUUCCUUCUGUCUCUGAGCUGAAGGAAAAGUGAUUUCUCUGCUUCUGGUUUCAAGUCACUCUUUGUUCAGUAACGCACUUUCCUUCAUCGUCCAAAUAGACUCAGCUCAGCAUGCGGGUGGCGGGGGCGCCCUGCCAGAGGCCUUGGCCGUGGGCAGUGCAGCCACCUCCUCUUGCCCGGGGGAGGGUCCCCCGGCCCCGCCUGCAUCCUCCCUGCCCUUGUGCGCACACACCCUCUCUCGUCACCAGGCGAGGGGUGACCGCGUGCUCCCCCGCCCAGGUGCACACGGCUGGCCGCCCCGGCCUCCUCUGACUGGUCCGCUCCUGGUGCUCACGCUCCAGCUCCGCUUGGGGCUUACAGGUGGGCGUCAGUUGGGUUUGCGUUAGCGUUACCUGGACUCCGGCCCUGCCGGGAAACCAAUAAAACGCCUGAAGCGAC